AUGAACAGCAAACUUGUAAUUUUAGGCGGCGGUGCAGCAGGUGUACUGAUUGCCAUGAAACUUGCUUCACAAAACAUUGACGUGACACUAAUCGAUAGCAAAACUUUUUAUGAAUAUACACCUGCACUUUGUUCUGUACUAUACGAAGAAACAGAUGCCAAAUUUCAUCAGCAUUUUAGCGAAAUAUCAUUCGAGCUCGAACCCUUUUUACGGGAAAUCAAUGUCGAGUUUAUUCUGGGAAAUGCAAAACUAAUCAAGGACGAUAAAGUAUUUAUCCACCAACAGGAGGAAGGAAUCGAGUAUGACUAUCUUGUGAUAUGUACAGGCUCUAGUUAUGCGGACCCAUGGAAAACUCAAAACGGCACAGAAUGUAUCGACCUCAAUAGAAGAAUUAAUUUCUUGAACGAACAACGUGACAAGUAUAAACAGGCUCAACGUAUUUUAUGCAUCGGGGGUGGACCUGUAGGUGUGGAGGUAGCUACCGAGAUUUCAUACCGUGCACCCGGAAAGAAAAUCACGCUGGUGGAUAUGAAUAAAACCGUCUUGGCUAAUGCACCUGAUGGUAUAGGAAAUAAUGCACAACGCAUCCUAAACGCCCGGGAAUCCAUCACAAGCAUCAUGGAACAAAGCGCGUCUCAGAAGGGCCAAGAAGGAAACACGUACAUCUAUGAAACAGAUAAAUCGCAUACGGAAAUAAAAGCGGAUCUUGUCUAUAAUUGUAUUGGCGUUACACCCAAUUCGGAAUUUUUACAAGCGAAUCAUGCGGAUUGGCUGAAUGAAAAGAAGCAAAUUAUAGUAGAUCCCGGAUUACGAGUGACUUCCAAUGUGUUCGCAGUAGGGGAUGUAAAUUCUGUCAAUGAACCCAAAAUGUUCUACACAGCACAUAUGCAAGCCAUUCACUUUGUCAGAAAUAUGUCACGCAUCAUCAAGAAUAAUACAAAUGUCGAAAAUUUAAUUCCCUAUCAUCCUUCAAGACCCAACAUGAUUGUUUCAAUGGGUCCUCAGUAUGCUAUUGGUUACGUAUCAGGCAUUAAAUUAACAGGUUGGCCACUUGGUUUAAACAAAGGUAGUCAUCUAGCUUCCUGGGGUAAAUACACCAUUGAACGUGUUAGCAUGAACAGUUGUCACUUAAAAAUACCAGUGAACGAAGUACUUUAUUUAACAUCAAGACCUUAA